UAUUUUUUUAAUUUUUUUUUUUUUUUAAAAAUAAAUUAGAAGAAUAGAAAUCACAAUCUUUGUAAUGUUGGUCAUGAGAAAUAAAUGGUAGUAAUUCAGUAGGGAUGGAACCAACAUGGCCAUACCUUUCAAUCAGAAUUAGCUUUGUUUGAUAUUUUGAAUGGGCGAAUUGCUCGCGAGCACGUGUUUGAAGAUAUGCACGCAAAUUCGUACGUAUUAUAUUCCUGCUACUUCAUUUUGAUUUUUGAGCUUUAUUAAACUGACACAACUUUUAAGAAUAACAAAUGUAUUUAUUAAGGUUCUUUUCUAAUAACAUCCUAAAACACUUUUAAUUCUAAUCCUAUUAUUACUCAUUUAUAUAGUUAUUUAAUAAAAAAAAUAGUUAUUAAAAAAAUUUAAAGUAACUAAUAAAAUUGUUAUUAUAUAAUCAAGAGGUCAUGUAUGUAAUUUGUGAAAAUAAUAUAAUAAAAUGAUAAGAUAAAGUUAUAUAUAAUAGAUUCGGUUUUUAAGUUCUGAUUCUUCUCGUGAUUUCGCAUAUGAUUAAAGCUUUAGUAGCCGUUUGGUCAUAGUAUUCUUUUUACCUUUUUUUUAAAAUUAUUUCGAUUUAGUGUAAAAAGUGAAAAUCAUGGUGUUUGGUCAUGAAAAUUUUAAAUAUAAUUUAAAAUUUAAAAUUAUAUUUUAAAAAAUAAAAAUAAGAAAAACUUAUUUUUAUAUUUUUUAUUUAUACUUCUCUCAUAAAAUUUUAAAAAUAACUUUAAUUUAUAUUCAUAGUCAGAUACAAUUUCAACUUCAACUCUUUUUCCAAGUCGAGAAAAUUAUGCUUUUGUGGCUAAAUGGGGCUUUAGUGUAUCUUGAUAAUUUUUGAAGAGGUGAAAAGGAGGGAGGGAGUAUAUUUUAUUUUUAGAAAAAGGGAAUUUCAAGGAGAAACCAAAAGCAAGAAUAAGACAAAAAGCAUGGGUCCCACUUUCUGUCAGGCAAUCGAAAAAAAGGAAGGAGCAACGUGUCGAGAGCAUUGCGUGCCAUGUAAGUAAAUCAUCACGGUGACUGGCCUCUGCAUUUUCUCUUUCCAAUAUACCUACUCUCAUUACUGCUCUCUCCUUCUCCACCUCACUCUGCUUUUUCAACCAAAAAUAAAUAAUUUUUUUUUUUUUUUGGUUGCGAGUGUUGAUGAAAUUAAAGAGCAAAAACUCAAGUUAAGGGGGUGUAUGUGAUGAGCUGAGUGUAGCACAUUUCAUUGUGUGAAAAAAACUAUGAGGAUCAUGAAAAACCCUAGCAUUUCUAGCUCGAUGAAGGAGGAAGAAGAAGAAGGUGUAAAGAGAACAAAUGAAAGCGAAAAGCCACCAGAGGAUGACUGUUGUCCCAUUUGCUUUGGCAAUUUCACCAUUCCUUGCAAAACCAACUGUGGUCACUGGUUUUGUGCAAGUUGCAUAUUGCAGCUGUGGUACUACAGAUCAACACUACGACGAUGCAAGUGCCCUAUAUGCUGUUGCCUCAUAAAUAAAUUGGUACCGGAGGCAUCAUUACUUAUACAACAGGAAGAGGAUGUAGUCGAACUACUUAAAAAGAUUAGGCGGUACAAUCACCUCUACAUUGGUGGUGCUUAUGGUUUUUUUCUGAAGGUACUAGCUCUACCACUUUUAACUCGGAGAAUUCUCCAAGCACUGAUGGACACACUGAUGGAUCCUGAUCAAGUUCGGUUAAACUAUUACUUGAUGCGCAUUCUUGCAUUGUUAUUGAGUUGGAUCUACUGCAGCUGCGAAUUUCAGUUCAUUCCUACUGGAGGACUGGGUAUCUGGAGAUUGUUCGACAUCUGCGCUAUUGCUCUGGUGGCCAUUUGCUGUUUGGCUGGUCUAUACCGUAGAUGGAUGCUUCGUCGACGUGUGAGACAGUUGGCUGUUCUGCCGGUACAGCCUGAUUGAAAGCCUAUACCAGCCUACUGGGAAACCUUGCUGUGAAUAUAUCUCAAUGUCUGUUUACUUGAGAAAAGUGAUCCCCUUGCAGAAAAUUUGGUUGUAUGGGAGGCUAUUUUAAAGGUUGCUCCCACUGUUAGGUCAUAUUAGUCUUAAAUCUAUAAUUAACAAGGUGCAUUAGUAUGCUUUUGGUUCAUAUUCGAACGUAGUAGGCCGUCCUUUAUUCCACUGAUUAGUAAUCCAAGAUUGCCUAGGUGGCAUCACAUGAUAUAUAAUUAAAGCACUAGUUUCUGCUA